AUGAAAACAUUUGCCCUUUACCUUGCUGAAGAUGGAAAAGAUCAUGAGGAGGACCAGAAAUACGAAGACAAGCAAAAUAAACUUCUUAUGAGCCAGGCGGCCUGCGACCUGGGCUGCCGGCUGAAGACGGAAGAAAAUGACGCAGAUGAGGAUGAAGAUGUUCAUGUCGCAGAGGCUGAGAUAAUACAGGAGUCACGUGCCCCCAGGCUCAUCGGGGAGGUGCCAAAGGUUGAUGUCCAGAGAGUCCCUGAAGACUCACUGGAGGAAUGUGCCAUCACUCGUUCAAGUAGCUACGGCCCGACUGCCUCCAGCCAGCCUCACGGAGACACCGAUGAAAUCACGUUUGAGGAAGACAACGUGGACUCUGCACUGGUGGCAGGGAGUCCAUCAUCUCAUGAUGUAGUGGAGGAUGCUCUGGUCAUUCUUUCAGAAAGUCAAAGUGAUGAUGAGGAAGAGGAAGAAAAAGGGCCCGUACCCCACAGGAAUCUGCAGGAGUCUGUGGAGGAAGAAGCCCCCCAGGAGUCCUGGGAUGAAGGUUAUUCGACUCUCUCAGUUCCUCUUGGCACAUCUGCCUUCAAUGAGCCUUACAGGAGCAACUUGCACUCAUUAGAGGAGCAGCAAGUCGACUUGGCUUGUGACAUAGACAAGAUUAAAAUAAGCAAGAAGAGGAAGAAGACCAAGACCCACCAUGCCCCAGGCUCAUCAUGGAGCUGGUGGAAGCAGAAGAGCCUGAAGUCUUCCGGUACUCACUGGAUAUAUUGGAUUCCAUGUAUCCAGCCUAUCCUGAGUUUUUUUACACCUGCCAGGCUUACACAUAUGCUCUUUUUUAUUUGUAGAAGAGCAUGUUCGCUUGACUUUGGACAUGGACAGUAGGUUUCUUACUAUGACG